GGUAAAUAUCGCGAGGGCGAGCAACAGCUUUCUGUUUUCCCAUUUCCUCCCUUUCUCAGUUCCUGCACAACAUCUUGAAUUACAGCAUUUGAGCUCCAGCUCCGUUACCAUACCAUUUCCCGUUAAAGAAGACACAUCUGUAAUCAUGGCCACCAACGGCAACCUCACCCCCCUCCGUCAUGGCAUCUAUGCCCCGACCAUGACCUUUUUCAACCCUGAGACAGAGGACCUCGACAUUCCCACAAUCAAGAAGCACGCAGUGAGAUUGGCCGAAGCCGGCCUUGUCGGUCUGGUAUGCAUGGGCAGCAACGGUGAAGCUGUCCACCUCACACGCGAAGAGAAGGUUGCCGUCACAAAGGCAACAAGAGAAGCACUUGAUGAGGCCGGUUACAAGGACGUUCCCGUCAUUGUUGGUGCUUCAGAAAUGAGCAUCCGUGGAACUCUCGAGCUCAUCAACCAGGUCCACACCGUCGGUGCCGAGUACGUCCUGUUGGUUCCUCCUUCGUACUACCGUGCCGCCAUGGACGAGAAGGCCAUCAAGGAAUACUACAUCUCCGUCGCGGAUGCCUCGCCUUGCCCUGUCAUCCUCUACAACUACCCUGGUGCUGUUGCUGGCAUCGAUAUGGACUCAGACUUCAUGAUCGAGCUGGCCAAGAACCCCAAGAUCAUCGGUGCCAAAUUCACCUGUGGUCAGACUGGAAAGUUGACUCGUGUUGCUCUCGAGACCAACGCUUGCUCACCCAAGAGUCAGGGCAGUGGCUGGAUGGCGUUCGGUGGUAUCGCCGACUUCACCUUCCAGACUGCCGCUUCAGGUGGUAGCGGUAUCAUCGCUGGUGGUGCCAACGUCAUGCCUAAGCUGUGUGUCAAGGUCUGGAACCUGUUCGCAGAGGGCAAGUAUGAUGAGGCCAUGGAGCUCCAGAAGAUCCUGUCCAAGGGUGAUUGGGUGCUCACCAAGGCCGCUAUUCCCGGCACAAAGGCAGCUAUUGAAUUGGAAUACGGCUACGGCGGUUUCCCUAGACGUCCCCUUCAGAGACUGAGUGAGGAGGACAGACAAAAGGUCAAGCAAGGCAUUGCUGAGGCCAUGAAGAUCGAAAAGAGUCUGUAGAUGAUACCAUUUGGCGUCUGGGGUUAUGUAUGUUAAAACAACUUGACCAUCCACAACAUAAUUAGAAUAAGACACAUCAAGACCACAUUCAACAACGAUAUCUGCAAUCGAGACUUUGGAUUUGCAGUGCAUGAGAGAACAGUUAACACGUAAGAAGGACAACAUGGCAACGAGCAAAGAUGAAUAGGACAUAACUCAUGAUUGACCCGAUUAAAAAGGAUGAAGGGUAUAGCUGACGGUGUCAUGCGUGGUAUUCGUCUACCUUAACAAGUAUCCCUUGACUUUCCCAGCGCCAGGCGCC